ACUGAAAUAAUAUAUAUUUUUUUUAAAAUUAGCCUCAAACAAGAAGCUUGAUUACCCGGUUUCCGACGCAAACAGAGAACCCACGAAACCACAAACUUCUUAUCGCCUUCUUCCUAUCACCGAUUACCGAUCACCAAACAAACAAGAUCUGCCCAUCUGUUGUUGAUAUGUUAUACUGAUUAUGCUGGAAUCAUGGUGAAAUUUGAAGGCAAAGUUGUGUAUUCUUCGCUUGCUAAUUUGGAAAAGGACAAUGCUAAAUUUCAAUUUGUUGAAGACGAAGUUGAUGAGGAUUCAUGGGGCAAAGUCCCAGAGGAUUCCCAUUCUGGAGGUAACAAUUAUCCACAUGGGUACCCACUGAUCGAAUGUGAUGAUGUUUUGGAUAGGGGCUAUGGUUCUGGUAAUGAUCCAUAUAACUUUGUGCCACAAAGUGGUCCUCCUGAGGUCAAUUUAAGAAAUGUCUUGAGUGGGCUAGUUGCUAUUGUUACAGGGCAGAAUAAAGGUCAGGUUUCAAAUACAGUUCCACAGUUACCUAGUUCUAAUGUUUCAUUUCUUGGAUCUGGUACAAAUGGAGAUACUUUCUUGCAUUCAUCAGUUUACAUACCAAGUGCUCCACCACUAGUUGAGCCAAAUGCAUUUAACUACAGUGCUUACAAGGAUGUGUUGGAAUCUGAGCCUCCAGAGUGGCUUCCAGACAGUUCAACAACUGUUUGUAUGCAAUGCACUGCGCCUUUCACAGCAUUCACUCGUGGAAGACAUCAUUGUCGGUUUUGUGGAGGAGUUUUUUGUAGGACAUGCACAAAAGGGAGGUGCCUGUUGCCCAUGAAGUUUCAGGAGAAGAACCCCCAGAGAGUGUGUGAUACCUGCUAUGAUAGGCUUGACCCGGUGCAAGGCGUGCUCAUCAACACCAUCAGCAAUGCUGUGCAGGUUGCAAAGCAUGAUGUUAUGGAUUGGACUUCUACAAGAGGUUGGUUGAACCUUCCCGUCGGUUUAUCCAUGGAGUAUGAGAUAUACAAGUCAGCAAACACAUUGAGGACGUAUGCACAGGUUGCUCGGUUGAAUCCCGAGAGGUCCAUACCUGGUGCAGUUUUGAAAGGAGCUAAAGGUCUGGCAAUAUUAACGGUUGCCAAAGCUGGGAUGCUUCUUACUUAUAAAUUUGGCUCCGGCCUGGUGGUUGCACGAAGGUCUGAUGGUUCAUGGUCUGCACCAUCUGCUAUACUAUCAGCUGGUUUUGGAUGGGGUGCACAGAUUGGAGGUGAGUUGACGGACUUCAUUAUUGUGCUACAUGACUCUAAGGCCGUGAAGACAUUUUGCAGCCGUAUACAUUUUUCUCUUGGUGCUGGUUGCAGCGCUGCAGCUGGCCCAGUUGGGAGAGUUGUGGAGGCAGAUCUUCGAGCUGGAGAGAAAGGUUCUGGCAUAUGCUAUACUUACAGUUGUAGUAAAGGUGCAUUUGUGGGAGUCUCACUUGAGGGGAAUCUCGUCACAACACGGAUGGAUGCUAAUCUCCAAUUCUAUGGGGAUCCUUACCUCACUACAGCUGACAUUCUUCUUGGAACUGUAGAAAGACCCAAGGCUGGAGAACCCUUAUAUGCAGCCCUCAAAGACCUAUACGAAAGCUUUCCACUACGAUUGAAAGGAGUCCUCAAUGAUUAAGAUGGUGGGAUGUUUUAGCUCUUUCACUGUCUCGUGUCAUACAAUGAGAAAUGUACAGUAUUUGGUUAAUGGGGUAGAUGAAUUUGCUUUUGAAACAGGAUAAUAUCUUAUCUCCUUGGCAAUAAACAUCUACACUUGUACAUAAAUAGCGUUUGUGAUAUACAAUUGUGAUUCUGGAUUAUUUGGGGUUAAUUUUCAGGGUGGAUAUUUAUCAGAUAAUAUACUACUUUGGUAUUUCAGCA